AUGCCCCGAAAACCUCUUCCAAACGAAAAUGCAGACGCAAGGCGAAACGGUGACUCGAAGCUCAACUAUCACGCACUUAGCAAAGACAAGUUAGGAAAGAAGAAAAUCUUACUUGGGAACUCUCAGGAUACUACUGCUGCUAGAGAGCGCUUUUUUGCUCGAGAAAUCAAGAAUCUUGCUCGGAGUGCUCGGCAACUUGGAAAUGCUGGUGCUGUAGAUCCGCUCCAGGAUUUAUUCCUUGGGAAAGCUGAACCCGAUCGCUUGAAUCAGCUGACUACAGAUUUUGGAUCAUUUAAUAUGCGAGACGAAGGUGGCACAUCAACGGUAGCUCAGCCCGGAUCUAAGGCUUUCGAACCAGCGGCUAUUUUCUCCCUUGCCUCUUCGUUUCUGUCUCUGCAGCAUUCACGUUCAAACCCAAUUGUCUAUAAUAUCAAUAAGAGGAGACGAGGAAGUACACCUGGCAACGGCUCUGAACACAGCUCUCAAAUUUCUUCUUCUGGUUCAAAUCAACACUUUUACCGACGUCAUCGCUAUUCGUCUAAUGUUUUCAACACGACGAAACGCUCGAGCUUUCGAAGUACUAGUAUCGCAUCUCAGUCAACGCCGUUACCUAGACAGAGCGCUCCACGGAUUAUUCGACCCUUUCGUUCUCUGGACGACGAAUCUGAAUUACACUUUCGAUUUGACGCGGACGAUGCAUCAGUAGGGUGCAAAUGUGAGACAGGAGAGCCAGAAACGCAACUCGGUGGUGAAACAGUUUCAAAGGCUGAUAAUCAAGUCCCUGAGAAUCAGGACAAUGAAAGUGCCGAUGCCGACGUGAUGACUCAACUGGCGUCACAACUCAGCGAGGUUGUCCUAUCCCCAUGCAUCACACCAGUUAAAGAUGAUCUCCUGCAAUUUCCUGAAGUAUCUGACAAGGGCGACUCGAGGACAAGGGCUUGCCGAACUAGGAUCAAAGGCCGAGCCACUUCGUUCUCGCUUGGAUUCAUACCUGAGGCUUUUCCUGAAGAAAUUGAUGACAAGGAUCUCCGAAUCGUUAUUUGA